AUGAGCAUACACCCCGACGUCAAUAUCGGCCACUCCGGCACAACAGUCCUCGGUCGCAGCCAGCGAAGUAACAAGCGGCAAAUCCGACCAUCGACAGCCGCGUUCACAAAGCAUGGAGAGCAUGUCACCCAGCCUCCCAAGCUGCCACCGGCUCUGCCACGUCCAAGCAUCUCUUCCGCUGCCGCCGCCGAGUACCGCACAACCCGCUCAUCCCCGGCAGGCCAACUCUUGCCAGCGGACCAGCGGCCGCUCCAAUUCACCUCGGGAUCAGGACCCGGUGCCUGCGAGGGCAACUUUGACAGCGAACCAAAGGCGAACGGCAUUCCCACUGGAGCCUGCGCCUGCACCGGAUGA